AAUUCAGUGUAAAAGUUGCCGUCGCCUGAAAAUGUUGUGCACCGGAAAUUGAACAGCGGAUGUGAGUUGGCCGCCGGUGAAUGUUUUAGAGAGAAAAUCUUUGCAUAAUCAAAAUAUAGAAGUUAAUUACUACAAAAACCAAUAGUAUUAAUAAGCGCUAGAACAUAACGAAAGUAUUGUGAAUGAGUGCAAGUGAAUAUUGCAUUACUAACUAAUUUGUGAAUAAAAUAAUCUAUAAAUAAUUCGAGUUGAACACUCUUUUUUUGCAGAAUCUGUGCUGCAGCGUUGAAUAUGUUUUUUCUUGCUGCACACACAACACAUUACAAAUGAGCGAGAAGCCAAUGAGAACGCUUUGUGUAUGAACGACAGACUUACGCACUGUGUAACUGAAUGACCGAUUACCAGACUUAAUAGUGACUUGCUGGUUGACAGAUAGAACGACAGCCAGUCUGACGGACGGACUACCGCUCGGGCGAAUUGAGUGAGUGAAGUGAGUCUAUCUUAUUGACUGUGCGACAGCGAGAGAAAAUGAGCAAAACAAAAACAGCAAAGCAACAAACAACUAAUAAAUAAAUAUAUUAGGCGCUAGUGCUUUUAAUUCAUUGAAAAUACAGCUGGGUGGCGAUAGCAGCAGGGCAACAACAAAAAGGCGAAAAACACAUUGCACGCGUUAUCAGCGGCAAGUGAAACAAAAUGAAAAAUGUAAAGCAAAACAAAAACAAAUAAUAAUACUAUUAAGAAUAACAAGUGCAGCGCUUGUCGACAACAGCUACUCACUCUCCCAUACACACACACUUCAAUAUUUGUAUGUGCGUAGGUGUGUUUGUGCAUAAGCCAAUGUUGACAGCAAUAAAACAAAGUAAAUAAAUAAUUGAAGAAGUGUAGCGUUAAUGUGUCGAAACAGGAGCGAGUGUUUAAAAGAAAACAAAUGAAAUCGGUGUGAAAAUAAACAGGGAAUUGGCAGUGAAUUCACCAUCGGAAGAGCGCAAACAAAAAAUUUCAAAAGAGGCAACUAAACAAAACUGAUCGCAAAAGCUUAAGAAAUUUGAAAAUAUUUUCUAAAGCCAAACACAAUAAAUCUACUCUUAAUCUCUUUAUUAAUAUUUGUGGUAUUUGUACUUGUUAAAGUGUAAACAAUUUAAAAAAAAAUUAAUAUUUCGUAAUAGAGCUAAAAUAAUAAACUGUAAUGUGAUCAAGCCAAUUUUUCACUCAGUGGCCGCAAUUGAAUUAAAAGCGGAUUUGAAACGAAGAACAGAUUUGUUGAAUGUGUAAUCGAUGCCGCCGCAAACAGACAACACUCAUAUUGAGUACGCGAAAUCGACUUUACAAGUAAUAACCAGGCAAAAUUCAGCUUUCACGACCAGAUGUUUCUCAACAUACUUCAUUCCAACACUUAAAUUAUGAAGGAAAAUACAGUGAAUGUAAUGAAUCCAUUAAACAACAGUAAACCUGCAAUAAAAUAAUGAAGCUGUCAUUGGCGAACUAACUUUCGAUUCAUUGCGCAGCUGAAUGUAUUACUAUAGUUCCUCGAAUGAAUGAAGUUGUGCUAAUAUUAAUAUAUAUAGUAUAGAACAGUUGAGACAUUUAAUUCAAUAAUGUAGAGUAAAAAAAUAUUGAAAUUAAGAGGAUAAACUUAGCUCUACGGAUGAAAGCUGUUAAUAAAGCAACUUGUUGACUGAAGCAGCAGUUUCCCAGAAUUACCAACAAAGGCUCACGCUCGCCUUGCUCGACUAUCGAAAAUCAAAAUACAAAAUACAGAAACCCUGCAGCAACUGCAAGUAAAUCAGGAAGCGGCCAUCAAUUAUCUGCUUAGCAGCAGGUGCAAAGGAUAACAGUAAACCGACAGGAUAACCAGACAAUGAUUGCCAGAAUACAAAGCACAACAGGUUGCCAGUGAACGACCGAGGCGAGACGUGAGGUAUAUACUGGGCUCCUUUAUUGGUGUGAGUGAGAGUGGAAAUACGGCAGGCAACACUGCUAAAUUGGAUUAUAUCCAGAAGCAAGACUUUGUUCGAAGCAAAUACAUGAAUACUUACAGCAGUAGCAGUAUAGGUGUAUGCAAGUGGUCGCACAAUGGAACGUGCCGGAAGCACUAAGGCGUUAAAUGCAGCAAAUUAGACGCUCACAAAUGUCCAAAACUUGAACUGCAUAAAGCAACAAAUACAAAUUUGCCCAUUUAGAAGUUUUUGAAAAAAGUUUCCUUCUAUUGCAUGACAAGUUAAUCGCUUAUAACGGUGCGCUUAUAUACAAAUCGACUAACAUAUCUUAAGGCAAACGCAAUUACAGUGCACGCGUCGAUGACAUGUGAUUGAACGGCUAUUGAACCGGUUGUGUUGCUGCCGUCAAUGAUUCUUUCAAAUUUUACGUAUGAGCAGCAACAGCGACAACAACUACAGCAACAGCAACUACAACGCUCCACAUAUCCAAUUCAAGAUGACAGACACUUCAGUGACAACGGCAACAACAACAGUAACGCCCACAACAGCAACAACCACAUCGGCGAUUGGCUUUACGUCAGCUGGUGAUGUAACUGGCACAUUGCCCAAAAGCAAAGUGGCCACUGUCGAUGACCCAGCUGUCAGCAUAAAUAAAUCCUAUACAAAUGGUAACGCUCAUGUGGCGCAAUCGCCACCGCCACUUACAGUAAAAGCUGAGCAACACUCGAAUCGUAAUAAUAACAUUGGUGCGGAUGAUGCGGUGGGUGCAGACGACAUGUCAACCAGGAUGACCAGCAAUCAUUACUCGUGCGGUUCAAUUCAAUCACCCACAACAACUAUGACAGUGUCGCGCGGACGUAUGCACUCUGCGGACAAUGGCGGCACCUCGUCCAUCAGCACAAGUAAUUCGAUUUCCGCUUGCGAAAUGACGACUUUAGUGCAUUCGGCCGGCAGUAGCGCGGCCAAUACGGCACUCAACUCUCCAAUUAGCUGCAGCAGUCCAACUGCGAAUGCGACUACCACGGCGGCGGCUACGUGCAGUAACGGCGGGAAGGUAACACGUCGUGAAGCUACACAGCAAGAGGUGGACGAAGUGGCGCGAUUAUUCGAGGAAAAGCCGGAAGCUUUCGAGAAAUGGCUGAUGGAGCGUGCGCCUCCCGAGGCUUUGGCGCGCUUGCACGAGUUCAUCGAGUCACGUAAACCACCUAAACGGCCAUCCGUAACGUCUGAUCUCUUUCAGCAGUGGAUGGCAGCGUCGCCGGUACAGAAGCCUCAGUCCCGCUCACUGUCCACAUCCUCCGGCUACUCUGUAUUUGAUAGUCGACGUCACCUUAUGGAAUUGGAUGAAGGUGAACUAUUCAUGGAGUUGAUUCGUGAUGUGGCCAAUGAAUUGGAUAUUGAUGUGCUGUGUCAUAAAAUCCUCGUCAAUGUAGGACUGCUUACUCAUGCGGAUCGUGGUUCAUUGUUUCUGGCCAAGGGGCCGCCGAACAAUAAAUACCUGGUGGCGAAGCUCUUCGAUGUGACACAAAAAACAGCGCUCAAGGAUGCUGUGAAGAAGGCUAAGUCAGAGGAGAUACGUAUACCUUUCGGUGUGGGCAUUGCCGGUAUGGUGGCGCAAACAAAAGAGAUGAUCAACAUAAAGGAAGCAUACAAGGAUGCUCGUUUCAACUGUGAGAUUGAUUUAAAGACUGGCUAUAAAACGAAUGCAAUAUUAUCGAUGCCAAUAUGCAAUUACGAGGGAGACGUCAUAGGAGUGGCGCAGAUUAUUAACAAAACCAAUGGUUCCAUGGAGUUUGACGAGCAUGACGUUGAGAUUUUCCGUCGUUAUCUAACCUUCUGUGGCAUCGGCAUACAAAACGCACAACUAUUCGAAAUGUCCGUCCAGGAAUAUCGGCGCAACCAGAUACUUUUAAGUUUAGCACGAAACAUAUUCGAGGAGCAAAAUAAUUUGGAAUGCUUAGUGACUAAAAUUAUGACCGAAGCGCGAGAGCUGCUUAAAUGUGAGAGAUGUGCUGUGUUUUUGCUCGAUUUGGACUGCUGUGAGGCGAGUCAUUUGGAGAAAAUAAUUGAAAAACCAAGUCAACUGCAAAGUCGUCUAAAUCGCGCCAUCAAAGGCGUGGAUGAAAAUGAAAGAGAUGACAAACAAAUGUCCCGCGCGCGCUUCACAGUGCUCUUCGAGCUCGGCGCCUCCAACCAGUCGGCCAAUAUUUCGCGGCCCUCCGUUAAUGAUUUGUGCAAUUCCACUUUGGCGCAGAUUGCGCAAUUUGUUGCAACCACCGGCCAGACUGUAAAUAUCAGCGAUGUGCAUGAGUGGGUACGAGAGCAUAAUCAAAUACGUACCGAGAAUGAAAUUGACGCGACUAAGGCGAUCUUGUGUAUGCCCAUAGCGAAUGCGCAGAAGACGGUGAUUGGUGUUGCGCAAUUGAUUAAUAAGAGCACGGGUCUGCCCUUCACCGACUCAGAUGUCUCAAUUUUCGAGGCUUUUGCCAUAUUUUGCGGUCUAGGCAUACAUAAUACCCAAAUGUAUGAGAACGCUUGCAAAUUAAUGGCGAAACAGAAGGUAGCUUUGGAGUGUUUGUCUUAUCACGCGACUGCCAGCGCAGAUCAAACCGAAAAGCUGGUCAACGAUAAAAUUGAAUCAGCUGAAGAAUAUGAUUUAUAUAGUUUUAAGUUUAUUGACUUUAAUCUCUGUGAUGAUGAUACUUGUCGCGCCGUCUUGUGCAUGUUUAUGCAAUGUAAUCUAGUCUCAAAAUUUCAAAUACCCUACGAAGUCCUUUGUCGUUGGGUGCUGAGUGUACGCAAGAAUUACCGUCCCGUUAAGUAUCACAAUUGGCGUCAUGCACUCAAUGUGGCACAAACAAUGUUCGCCAUGCUGAAGACUGGCAAGAUGGAACGUUUCAUGACUGAUUUGGAGAUAUUGGGUCUUUUGGUGGCCUGCUUAUGCCAUGAUUUGGAUCAUCGUGGUACAAACAAUGCAUUCCAAACAAAAACCGAGUCACCACUGGCCAUUUUGUACACUACCAGCACAAUGGAGCAUCAUCACUUUGAUCAGUGUGUAAUGAUUUUGAAUUCGGAAGGAAAUAAUAUAUUUCAGGCUCUCUCGCCCGAAGAUUACCGUUCAGUUAUGAAUACCGUGGAAAAUGCCAUACUUUCAACCGAUCUCGCGAUGUAUUUCAAAAAGCGCAAUGCCUUUCUGGAGCUUGUCGAAAACGGUGAAUUCGAUUGGCAGAGUGAGGAGAAGAAAGAUUUGCUCUGCGGCAUGAUGAUGACUGCCUGCGAUGUGAGCGCCAUAGCUAAGCCUUGGGAGGUGCAACAUCGCCUGGCUAAACUGGUAGCGGAUGAGUUCUUCGAUCAAGGUGAUCUUGAGAAACUACAGUUGAAUACACAACCAAUUGCCAUGAUGGACCGCGAGCGCAAGGACGAGUUGCCCAAAAUGCAAGUGGGUUUCAUAGACGUCAUUUGUUUGCCGCUCUAUCGUGUGCUUUGCGACACUUUCCCUUGGAUAACUCCAUUGUAUGAGGGUACCCUAGAGAAUAGACGUAAUUGGCAAGAUUUGGCCGAGAAAGUGGAAAUGGGUCUUACUUGGAUAGAUCACGACACCAUCGAUAAACCAGUGGAAGAAUUUGCCGGCUGUGCCGACGAAGAGAUAAAAGAUAUUGAAUUCACCGUAACAACACUCAAUUGUCAUCCGCAUCAACAGCAUGGAGAUGACGCUUCCACACCGGAGCAUCAUCGUGGUAGCACACGACUGAGCAUCAAAAAGACGGGCGCGCUUGGCAAAGCAGUGCGUUCGAAAUUGACGAAAACGCUCUACAACAGCAUGGAUGGCGUGAAACAGAAAUCUUCAUUUAAGCUACUGGACUCACAUGUAAGCGAGGAUCUAGAUGAUAAGAGUCCAACGAGUCCCUCGCAGUCAGUGGUGGCAGGUCCUGGUCAUAUUUCCGCAUCGUCAUCCACAUCUUCGGCAGGUACUGUCAGCACAACCGACAAGUCAAAGAAGCGCUCCAAGUUGUGUUCGCUGUUGUGACGAAAACCAUCCAAUUAGAAUUUGGUGACCUCCACCGACAAGCACUACAGCGGUGGAGGGUCGACCGAUGUCUAAUUGGAGUUAAAGCCUAAAUUAAAUAGGUUUAGACGUAAGGGAGCAACCAACACUUUUGUGUAAAAGUGAGAAAUUUCACAGUUAGAGGCGGAUAACCAACAAUCUAAACUAAAAUCAAAAUCUUUUGAGCAAAACAUAAUAUUUACAAAGUUGCAACAAAAAUCAAAAAUAAAUCCAAAGAUAUACUAUUAGUCCAAUUUAGAGGCAUAAGGAAUGUUGCAAAAAGCUUAUAUAGAAGUGGAUAGUGUAGUAUGUUAUUAAGAGGUGAAUAAACAGUGCAAUUAUGUAUAAUUGUAUAUUAGGCAUAUUAAAUGUGCUAAUUAGUAAAGAUUUGUUGCCGUUGAGAAGUCCACUUUCGUGGCGUAAAUUAUGAUGUGGAAUUUCAUAUUUGGGUUUUCCGCAAAGCGCCCGAAAGUAUGCAAACUGAUAUGAAGGCCAUUGUAUAACCAGAUUCACUAUAGUCCAAGAGCUGACAUGAAGUCGAAUAUAUUUGAAAAUUCUUGUCUUAAAAGUUUGAAAAAAGGAUAUUUCGAACUACCACUACCAAAAUAAAUAACAAUUUAUGCAGUACAUAUGCACCUAGUACAUACAAACAUAUGUAUGUACGCAAAACAUGUGACUUUAAUAGAACUCAAUUUUAAAUAAAAGCUAGUAGCGUUUCCGCUUUGUGUAGAGUGAACACACACAAACUUAUGUGUAUGAAUGUAUUUUUUUAUUUAACGGUAAGCUAGUCAAAUUUUCAUUAAGCAAAUGUAUACAGAUAUGGGAGCAAUAUUGCUUUGGAAGUGUGAGUCUUUAUUCUAGUCGUAUCACAUACCAACUACACUUUGCAUUAAUUUGAUAUUAACUUUACAAGCUUUAGAUAUACUAAUAGAGCGUUAAUUAGGCAACUUGCAAUUUACAUAGAAAGCAAAGCGAGCACAAGUGGCAAUUAAAGAGCGAAGCAUUACUUUAUAAUGGUUUAUGGGAGCAAACAAACAUUUUUGUCUGUAUGUUUGUAUAUAUGUAUGAGAUUGUGCUCGCAUAAACACACUUUGAAGCUGCAACACGCAACUGGCGGCGCAUGCGGCAACUACUUUGAUAGCAAUACACACUGAUAAUGAUAUUUAUGGCAUCUCAAAUAUAAAUAAAUAGAAAAAAUAUAUAUGUA